AUGGAGAUCUCGCCGGAGAUUGGAGAGGUGAGAACGAGGGCAAGGGAGAUGGCUCUCAAGGCAGUGGUGGCGGCAACAUCGAAGAAGAGGAAGACGAUGGUGCGUAGUGGCUAUCGUGGGGCUGGAAAGGGUCCAAAUCUUCUGGUUGUCGUUUCUGCUGCGAGGAGCAUUUUGGCUAUUAGUGAUUUUUUUAGCUAUGCCACUAUGAUUAUAAACAUUAUGGGUGCUUCCUGUAAAAAGAGAGAUGCAUUGCUUCAGAAGCACCAUGAUAUGAUUGUGGAGAAAUUGGAGAAAGGUGAGAUCUUUUCAGGAAGAGGCGAACAUCAAGAGACUAAUCUUGUAAGACCUGGUGAUUCUCGGUGGGGCUCACAUUAUACAACUUUAAUCCGUCUAUUUACCAUGUGGGAGUCAGUAUUAGAGGUGUUAGAGAAUCAGAAAGAUCAAAACAUUGUUAAUGCAAUGGGUUUAAUUGUAACUAUGAAAGAACUUAUGCAAGACUUGAGAGAAAAUGGAUGGGGUACAUUUUUAGAAGAAGUCAGGAGCUUCUGUGUUGGAAUGUCAGUUUCAGUGCCUAAUAUGGAAGAUAGUAUACCAGUUCGUGGCCGUUCGAGACGUGGAGGGCAAUUGGUAACUUAUUACCAUCAUUAUCAUGUAGAGAUCUUUAUUGCAGUGAUUGAUUUACUUACUGCUGAGAUGAAUAACCGAUUUAGAGAAACUUCUACAGAGUUAUUAAGAUGCAUUAUUUGUCUUGAUCCAAGAAACUCUUUUUCCAGAUUUGAUCCUGGUAUGCUUGUUCGACUUGCUCAGCUUUACUCUGAUGAUUUCUCCUCAUCCGAUCAUCUUAUCUUAAAAGAGUAA